AUGGUCAAGAUGCUUGCGCCUGGCUUCAGGUCACGGCGCGCCACCCCUUUUAUACGCUUCGCCGUCGUCGCUGGCCUGUUCCUCUUUGCCUUCUGGACACUAAGCUCGCGAACACCCUCUAUUAAUAUCCCUACUCGACAACCUGUGAACGUAAAGCCUUUCGGCAAUUCAAAGCCUUCUGACCAGAAACCCGUAUCAGACCCUGGCGUGAGGGGCGUCCACCCCAUAGAUAAACUCAUCCACGAUGCUGGAAAAUCAUACAAAGCACUCGUUGCGAAGGAAUCCCACACCCUCGAAGAGGCUGCCCAGGCCUACCGACAGCGCCGUGGCCGUCACCCUCCCCCUGGGUUCGACAAGUGGUUCGAGUUUGCGAAAGCCAACAAUGCUAUCGUCGUGGAGGAAUUUUGGGACCAGAUUUACCAUGAUCUCGAGCCUUUCUGGGGCGUUCCCCAGCCCAUUAUCCGCAAGGAGGCAUACAGCUUCGAGAUGUCGAUUCAUAUUCGAAAUGGCAAGGCCAACUCGACUAGCGAUUGGUUCUGGACUCAGAUUUGGCUCGACAUGAUUCGAUCCAUUGAGCACUUGAUCCCCGACCUGGACAUGCCUCUCAACGCAAUGGACGAGCCUCGCUUGGUCGUCCCCUGGGAGGACAUUGAUGGUUACUUGACUGCCGGAGCCAAGUCUCGUGCUCUGCUGCCAACCAAGGAUGUCAUCUCUGAUUUCCAGACACUUCCCCCGCCGGGCCGUCAUGACCGAUACGCCAGAAUUCCGUUCAAGCGAUGGGAAAAGACCAGCCCCUACUGGCCCAUUGCCCGGCGAGGCUGCCCACCAGAGAGCCCUGCCCGCACGGCCGAGAUGAAGGAAACAUUUAACAUGCCUCCAGAGAUCGAUAUCGCAAACGCUCAAGAGCACUCCUUCGAAGGCUUCGUAUCCAAUUUUACCCUCUCGAGCGAUAUCUGCCAUCAACCCGAUCUUCAAGGCCUGAAUGGUCUCCUCAUCAACCCCAUCUCAGUCUCGUCGACCAAGGUCUUGUUCCCCAUGUUUGGCGGCUCCAAGCUUGCUAUCAACAACGAAAUCCUCCUCCCUCCCCCGAUCUACUGGAAAGGCGAAGAACGAUUUACCGGCGGUGAAGACAACGACGUGGAUUGGAAGGACAAGACCAGCAAGGUCAUUUGGCGAGGUGUCGCAACUGGAGGACGAAACAAGGCCGACAACUGGCGAGGUUUCCAUCGCCACCGAUUCGUUUCGAUGAACAACGAGACCAAGGUAUCGAGCGUCGAGGCCGGUUUGGCAGUGCCCGAGAACUUUGUGCUACCAUCAGAAAAGUACAAUUUGAAGGCCCAAUCCCAGGGCCGCCUGGGUGAAUGGAUCGGAGAGUGGUCAGAAGUCGGCUUCGUGGACCUCAUGUGCCAUCCCAACAAUGACGAGGGCACAUGUUGGUACACUGACCACUACUUCAAGAAGGUCGAGGGGAUGAAGAUGCACGACCAGUUUGACUACAAGUAUCUUCCUGAUAUCGACGGGAACUCGUUUUCAGGCCGAUACCUCGGAUUCCUCAACUCGACCUCGCUUCCUAUCAAAGCCACGCUCUUCCGAGAGUGGCACGACAGCCGACUUGUGCCAUGGGUGCACUUUGUCCCCAUGGACAAUCGGUUCCAGGACUUUUACGGUAUCAUGGAGUAUUUCCUUGGAUACAAGGAUAUCAGCGGACAUGACAAGGUGGCGGAGAAGAUUGCCCUCGAGGGUAGGGACUGGGCAGAGAAGGUGCUCCGAAAGGAGGACAUGCAGAUUUACGUCCUUCGAUUACUCCUCGAAUACGGACGAGUCAUUGCCGACGAUCGAGACAAGAUGGGCUGGGUGGAAGACGCCAAGAAGGACCCAUCAAUCGAGAAGACAUGGCAGAGCUUCAACAUGUGA